CCAGGAGAGCAGAGUGUUAUCUGCGCGUGCACAUUCCUCCCCACGUGAAUCCUGCGCCGUCACCCCGCUCCUGUGUUGACGCUCACACACCUCCCACGGUGAUAUUACCUAACGAUUGUGUUGUGAUUGAGCCUUUAGUAUUGCGUGUAGGUGGUGUUGCGACUACCAGGACUCACCAGCCAGGGACCACUGGCAAGGUUCUUCAGGGACAGUGACGGAGGAAAAAUAUUAAGACAGAGAGGUGCGACAGUUGUGAUCAGAAACACUUAAUGACAACAAGAUAACCUUGAUAGCUGUAACAAGGAAAGCUUAAUGACAUCAAGAUAAGCUUGACAGCCGUGAUCUGAAACGCUUAAUGGCAUCAAUAUAGGCUUGAUGAGAAAAGGCCUUCCUAGGAACUAAGUACAAAUAUACCGGUAUUUUUGCUAACGAAUGUUCUAAGGCGGCUCGGGCGUUGUUCAAGGAGUUCUGUGUUGACACUAGAACCUAAAGAGGCCCUCCGGAUCCCUCCUCAAGACUGCUGGGACGAGCUACUAGCCGAGGACCUCCUAGCCGUCACUAGCAACUGUGAUCAGAGAAGCUGCUGCUGCAGAGACAGUAGGAGGAGGGUGUGCAGCAGGUGGUCUAGGUGAUGGUGUAGUGCAGGUGAUUUUAGGUGAGCGUGGGGGCACUACAGGACCUCCAUACCGACCGCACUGCACCUGCUACCUACUAGACGCCCAACACCUGCUGGAUGCCAGUCAGGAGAGCUACCACCACCCUUCCUCCCAACAAGUCACGCAGCGGGAUGUUCAAGUGGAUGAUAUCAGGCCAUAAGGGCAGCAAACACAAGCAAGAAAAGCUGAACAACGUGGUGGUGAACAAGAACAAUAACAACCUCAAACAGCAGCACGAUGACCGGACACAAGAGAACACCAUCUUACACAUCAGUGAACCUUCAGACACUGCCUACAACAAUCACAACAACCACCACCACACCAACAACCAGCAACAAGCAGAGCAACAACACCUGCAACAAAACAACGGAGAUAUUAAUCAAAAUCUGGAGAAAUGUGACACCAUCAUUGCCACUCACGGAUUGUCUAGCAGCGUUGAUAAUGAUGCUCCUCCUCUACCAUCAUCCCGCCCACCUCCGCCGCCAUCACACCCACCACCGCCCGUGCCACCCCACGGCCAGCACCUGCCACAACCUCCGCAGCAGCCUCUCCCGCCUGUACCUGGACACCGUCAGGACGAGAACAUGUACCAGCAAGAGCUUCUUCCUCAGGCACCGGGGACGUGUACUCUACCGAGGAGAGGUAUGGUUAGAGAGGAUCCCAACGUGCGCUUCCGGUCUCCGUCCAACCCUCCCCCAGCCUCCCGCCAGCCCCCACCAUAUUCCAGACAUCAGCCCCCAGACCCCCUGAGGCGGCCCCGUGGACCUUACCAGCCCCCUCCACCUCCCAAAAUGGAUGUUAGAGAGCCUAGAGAGCGAGAUAAACAGGAGCUCCACGGCUGCAGGGAGCCCAGAGAUAUAGAUCUGAGAGACAUACGAAACUCACGUAAUCUCGAGGACACGAGAGAGAGAGAUUUCAGAGAACUGAAAGAUCCCAAGGAGAGAGAUUCAAGAGAUCAGUGGGAAGGAAGAAAUUUCAGAGGAUCACAUGAACACAGGAAUCAGCAGGAUAUCAAGGAUGCCAGGGAUUCCACACACUUCCGAGAGAUAAGAGAGUCUUGGGAGCGCCGCAACUCCAGUGUUCCCCAGCCACACGAGGACCUCACAAGUUCGUCUCUGCCGCGCCCCAGCUACGAGUCGUGGGCCCCUAAGAACAACAGGUGGUCAGUUAGGGACCUGGAUUCUGGGUUCGACUCGCUCAGCACUCCGGCCAUGGAGAACGGGCCACACUCCCUCGACGCCCCAGCAGGACGUAAUGGGCAACUGGUGGCAGCGGACGUCCCUUAUUCACAGUCAACAGAAGACUUGCUCAAUGCCUCCAGAACCUCACCAGUGUCUAUCUCUUCUACUACGACUUCUACCUCGUCGGUGUCAUCCUCGCCUGUACAGUACCCAACAAUACGUCCUGCUAAACAACCUUGUGUAACUGGAUCCUCACACACACACCCUUCACCACACAACUCCCCCCACACACACCCUUCACCACACAACUCCCCCCACACACACCCUUCACCACACAACUCCCCCCACACACACCCUUCACCACACAACUCCCCCACACACACCCUUCACCACACAACUCCCCCCACACACACCUCCACCACACAACUCCCCCACACACACCCUUCACACACUCAUCCUUCACAGAGUUCCCCACACAUUCACCUUUCACGCAGCUCUCCCCACACACACCCUUCACGCAGUUCCCCACACAUUCACCCUUCAAAUAGCUCCCAAAACACUCACCCUUCACGCAGCUCCCCACACUCUCACCCUUCACCACACAGCUCACCACAUCCCACCAGCGGCUCACCUCGCGGACUCUCCACAUCUCAGUAUACAAUGCCAGUAGGACCCCCACGACCUGCGUCGCCUGAUGGGGCUCUGCUCUCCGACAGUGUUUACCCUCAAGACACUCAGCCCCGCUACGCAGAGAUUCCAGACCUUCCAGAGACCAGAAAAAAUGAAGAGCGGCUUAACCAUCGACUCUCUCGCGACUUCAGAGACAUUAGAGAUAAUAGGGAACUGAGGGAAGGUAGGGAAACUAAGAGGGACCCAAGAGACCUAAAAGACACGAGACACAGCAGCGAACCCAGGAAUAAUAAAGAUGCGAGAUUAUCCAGAGAAUUCAGGGACACAAGUUUGCCGCGAGAUAUCAGAGACAACCGGGACUCUAGAGCCUAUAUGGAAGUGCGGGAAGAGACCUUCGCUCAUGAUGGAGAGACGAGAGGUUUCCGUGAACUGUCAGUGGACGUAGAGGAACAUGAAGUCCUAGAGUCUCGUCAGGAGAGAAUCCAGGGUCGGCGUGAGUCGCGUUUAUAUAACGGGGAGCGUGGCGAGGCAGCCAAGGGGUUCAUCAGUGAAUCUAGCAAUUUACUGAGGGUUCGAGAUGCUCCCUCCCAUGACUGUCGCGACCGGGACGCAGACGGCGCCGACGGUCUUCAGGUGACAGAGGAACGGCGAGCCUUACAUCUGAGAGAGGGAGGUUCUCAGCAGGACGCUGUUAGACGGGGCGACGGUUGCACCGCUGCUUCCUCAGUGUCAUGGAUGGAGUGGACACAGCAACUUCAGGCUUACGUGGCUUGGGUCAACUCUCAGCUGAGGAAGCGAGGUCGACCCCUCAUCUCUGACCUGAGACGUGACCUGCAGAACGGAGUCGUCUUUGCUGAUCUCAUAGAAAUAAUAUCUGGUGAGCGCGUUGCGGGUGUCAGCCGCGAGGUGGAAGGCGCAGCGCCACAGGUCGCGCGUGAGAACCUGGAGAGGAUCCUACAGUUCAUGGCGGCCAAGAGGAUCCGCAUGACGCACAUCACCAGCAAGGAAGUGGCUGAGGGUAACCUCAAGAGCAUCAUGCGCAUCAUCCUGGCCCUGGCGGCGCACUACAAGCCACAGAGCGUCAAGGCUGCGUCACCACACCAGCAGCCGGAGACAUCAGCCCCAAGACCAUCCACACAGCCUACCACACAUGACGUGGGCGUGGGCCCUGACGCGCCCACAGCUGCCUCUGACAAGACACCCAACCUAAGCGCUAACAGGCGCGCCCUGGUGACGGGUGGCGGGGAGGACCCUGGAGGCGUGAUGGGGCUGCGACGCCAUCCAAGUAUGACUGCCGCCCCUGCCACCCCGCUGGACUCCUCCCCAGUGUACGAGAACCUGCCCAGGAGAGUGGCUCCCACCCGUUGGGCAUACGACUCCCUCAGAGCCUCCCACAAAUUCCAGUGGUCGGGACCCACCGAUUGCCCUUCCGGCCCUAACAAAGGUGGUCUCGACGAGUCUUGUGACGACCCCAUGACCACGUCUCUCAACACCUCCGUGGAGGGUGACGGGGAGGUGUCAUCACGGAGAGAGGCGUCAGGAACACGCAACACACGCCCAGCGGCACUCAACUUCUGGCAGGACCUGACCACCCGACAAGAUACUAAGACACCAUCGGACUCUCAUCCGCCUCCUCCACCCUCACAACCGCCUCCUGACGACCCUGACAACCCCUUCAGGUACCACACUAUACACCGCAUGAGCGGGCGGCGGAAACUGCCGCAGAUUCCCGGUGCUGCGACUCCCAGCAGCAGAGUGACUACACCACAGGAGGGCCAGGAGAGUCCUAGAGGCCCCGGUGAGAGGCCUGGAGGGGGUGGCGUCGGCGAGGAAGGCUCGAGGGAACCUGAAGGACGUAGCCAAAACUCGUCCCCGGCCACGAGCCUGGUCCGUGGUCCCACUAUGGACCAGUGGUCCAGGGAGAAGAACCCAAUGGAACCAUGGGAGCACGACAACCUGAAGAGUGUUCUGAGGGACCUUAACAACACAAGAGACCAGCUGCUGGCCCUCCAGAACCUGCUGCAGAGCACGACGGAGGUGGAGAGUCGUGGUGUGUGCACCUCCAGGAGCUCCCUCACAACCAACACCCCCACCAGCGUUUCAACCAACACCCCCACCAGCCUCAACCCCAACAACAAUUCUUCUAGCGACACACUCUUGGACUACAUUCCUUCGAGUCUAUCUGUUGACAAGGAAAGUCCUACCAAAGUCACCCACAGAGAGAGUCAUAAAAAAUAUAACGGGAAGGAAAGUCCAACCAAAAUAUGUAGAGAGAAAGAGAGUCCAAGCAAAACAUGUAGAGAGAAAGAGAGUCCAAGCAAAACAUGUAGAGAGAAAGAGAGUCCAAGCAAAACAUGUAGAGAGAAAGAGAGUCCAAGCAAAACAUGUAGAGAGAAAGAGAGUCCAAGCAAAACAUGUAGAGAGAAGGAGAGUCCAAGCAAAACAUGUCACGGAAAGGAGAGUCCCAUUAGAAAAUGUCGCCUCAAAGACAUUUCCAUCAAGACGUGUCGAGGUGCGGACAGCUGCAUCAAAACAUGUCAAGACAGGGAGUCGCCCGUCAGAACGUGUUACGAUCAGGACAUCCACAUCAGAACAUGGCAGGGCAUGGACAUCCCCACCAAAACACCACACAGCAAAGACAAGUCUCCGAAAGACGCCCACAACAGGGAUGACUGUAACAGAGAUUUCCUGAGGAAAAGCUCCAAGGACUCUUCAGGCAACCACAGGAGCCACAAGCGCCACUCUCGCCAGGUUAUUACUGUCUUGGAGGUCCCUAGUAUAGUUAUGGAGGUUAUUAGUAUAGCCAUGGAGGUUACUAGUACUGUUAUGAAGGUUAUUAAUAUAGCCAUGGAGGUUACUAGUACUGUUAUGAAGGUUAUUAACAUAGCCAUGGAGGUUACUAGUACUGUUAUGAAGGUUAUUAAUAUAGCCAUGGAAAUUACUAGUACUGUUAUGAAGGUUAUUAACAUAGCCAUGGAAAUUACUAGUACUGUUAUGAAGGUUAUUAACAUAGCCAUGGAAAUUACUAGUACUGUUAUGAAGGUUAUUAAUAUAGCCAUGGAGGUUACUAGUACUGUUAUGAAGGUUAUUAAUAUAGCCAUGGAGGUUACUAGUACUGUUAUGAAAGUUAUUAAUAUAGCCAUGGAGCUUACUAGUACUGUUAUGAAGGUUAUUAAUAUAGCCAUGGAGGUUACUAGUACUGUUAUGAAAGUUAUUAAUAUAGCCAUGGGGGUCAUUAGCACUGUUACGGAGGUUAUUAGUAUAGUUAUGAGCGUUAUUAGCCAGACACUGCAUCCCUCAGAGUUGGUAGAAGCCACCACAGCCUCGGUCAAGCAGGAACUGCUGCACCUCUCCCUCGCCAGACAAGCUCUCGAGGCUGACAAGCUGGAGUUGACGCGGUUGUUGGAGCAGCGUGAGGGGAUUAUUACAGAGCUGCGGAAACAGAUGUACCAGAGGGACAAGACCAUUCAAGCGCAGCGAGCGCAGUAUGAAGAAGUCAUCAAGAACGUCCAGAACGGUAAGCGGGUGGUGGGAGGAGAGUGUCCUGCUGGUGGACGCUCAGCGGUGUCCUCAGCCACUAAGGAAGAACUCCAGCUGGUGAGGGACGCUAUCGUCUCUCUCAGAAGUAACUUCAGAGAGACAGAUCCCAACCAGCACACACUGGACACACUUGAACAAGCCAUCGCUAUCCUCAUAGAACGUGGGAGUAAUGGUGGUAAUGGUGGCAGUGGUGGUAGUAGUGACAAAGCCUCACGCCCGGGAGACAAGCGGCCUUCUGUUAAUGGAGUGGGCGAGCCAUGUACCAAGGUGAUCUACUUCACUGAACGAACAGUGACACCCUUCAUGUCUACUAUCAACAAGAGACUGGGUGAGAUACGCUUGAGAGACUUCAAGAACAUGUUUGACAGACCUGGCCUCUUCCGCUUCCACUUCAAGAGCUAUGACCCAGAGUAUGGUCUGGUUAAAGAAGAGAUUGUAUACGAGGAUGACAUAUUGCCUGGAGUUGAUGGGAAGAUCAUUGCCUGGGUGGAAGAAGAUAUUGACUGAUGGAAGAUGGACAGGGCUGCAACAACACAUCAACUAGUGGAAGACUAACAUUGCCGCAACGCAAAAACUAGAAGACUGACAUCGCUGCAACACAACUACUGGAAGAUGACCUGGCUGCAACACGGCUAGUGGAAGAUGACCUGGCUGCAAUACAGCUAGUGGAAGAUGACCUGGCUGCAAUACAGCUAGUGGAAGAUGACCUGGCUACAACACAGCUAGUGGAAGAUGACCUGGCUGCAACAACACAUCAACUAACAGAAGGUGGACAAAGCUGAAACCAAAUGCUCCUCUUGCCAUCCAGCCUAAUCAAUAUUGUCCAAAGUAAAGUUUAACUCUGCAGUAAAGGCAAGCUAAAGAGUAUAAAAAUCUUUAUACUCAGUAAUUAGUAACUUGCCGCACGCCUGAACGGCUGGCCAAGGCCGCUAAUAAUACCUUCCUCAUAAUUAUUAACUUCAUCAAGAAAAAAAAAGUUGUAUUUGAUAGCAUCCUGAACAAGAAAAUUUACCAACUGAAUGUUAUUACAAAGCAAAUUGAAAUAUUUCCCAUGAUCACUGCUUGGAACUGUUGCUUGAGAAGCCAACUAUUAGUAGGGUAUUCCAGGCUUGGGCAAGAAUCAGAGGAAAUACUGGCAAGCAUUACUAACAUUCUCAUUGUGACUGGGAAGAUUAUAGGUAACUACAGUGUUAGUGCAGAGAUACCCUUCUUAUACCUGCCCACUUGCAGGUACACCCUUCUUAUACCUGCCCACUUGCAGGUGCACCCUUCUUAUACCUGCCCACUUGCAGGUGCACCCUUCUUAUACUUGCCCACUUGCAGGUACACCCUUCUUAUACCUGCCCACUUGCAGAUACACCCUUCUUAUACCCGCCCACUUGCAGGUGCACCCUUCUUAUACCUGCCCACUUGCAGGUGCACCCUUCUUAUACCUGCCCACUUGCAGGUGCACCCUUCUUAUAUCUGCCCACUUGCAGGUGCACCCUUCUUAUACCCGCAGGUGGGCAGGUGCACCCUUCUUAUACCUGCCCACUUGCAGGUACACCCUUCUUAUACUUGCCCACUUGCCGGUGCACCCUUCUUAUAUCUGCCCACUUGCAGGUGCACCCUUCUUAUACCCGCAGGUGGGCAGGUGCACCCUUCUUAUACCCGCAGGUGGGCAGGUGCACCCUUCUUAUACCCGCAGGUGGGCAGGUGCACC